CACGAUUUCUUAAAGCAGUAAGCUUUGACGUGUCGGUGACAACAGGCAUCAACCAUCGUCGUCAACAUUUCAUCGUCGCCGCUAUCCAUCGCUAUAUAUCUUCCCAUAUCCGUUUUUCCUUUCUUCACCAUCUCCCCUCGGACCCCUCUCCAACUUUCAAACUCUUGUCUUUUAGUUCGCAUUCCAUCACCACAAACAAAAAUUCUGAACCUCCUUCACCGAAGAUGUCUUACGACUAUCUCUUCAAAUAUAUCAUCAUCGGAGACACUGGAGUGGGGAAAUCAUGUUUGUUGUUGCAAUUCACGGACAAGAGGUUUCAGCCGGUGCACGAUCUUACUAUAGGAGUGGAAUUUGGUGCCCGCAUGGUUACUAUUGAUGGUAGGCCUAUAAAGCUCCAGAUUUGGGAUACUGCAGGGCAAGAGUCAUUUAGGUCCAUCACCAGAUCAUACUACAGAGGAGCUGCAGGUGCACUGCUGGUUUACGAUAUCACUAGGAGAGAGACAUUUAAUCACCUGGCUAGCUGGCUGGAGGAUGCUAAGCAACAUGCAAAUCCUAAUAUGACUAUCAUGCUCAUUGGCAACAAGAGUGACCUUGCGCACCGCAGAGCUGUUAGUAAAGAGGAAGGUGAACAAUUUGCAAAAGAAAAUGGUCUAUUGUUUCUGGAGGCUUCUGCAAGAACUGCUCAAAAUGUUGAAGAGGCUUUCAUAAAGACUGCUGCAAAGAUCCUUCAGAAGAUUCAGGAAGGUGUGUUUGAUGUAUCAAAUGAGUCAUCUGGCAUCAAGGUGGGGUAUGGACGUCCGCAAGGUCCAGCAGGGGCAAGAGAUGGAUCUGUUGUCCAGAGAGGUGGAUGCUGCAACUGAUUGCAAUAUUUAUGUUGUUGGGCUUUAACUUGAUCCGUUAUGAAAUAUUUGUGGAAUCUUUGCGAACAUGAAAUGUAUAGAUCGGAUUCUGAAUGUUUAAUGACAUAACUCUUACCUGUA